UGCUAAACAACUGUGUCGUUAUUAAUAGAAAUAAGGUAUUUUAGUAAACCUUGGAAUUUAACUUUUGUUUGAACAUUUAUCUUUUUUAAAUUUAAACAAUAAAAAUGUUGUACACACGUUAUAACUGUUUAAUGACAAUGAUGUUUAUUAAGUUUUAAACGGAAUCAAUUUAGGUACACUCGACAAACUUUAAAUUGAAAGCCAUUGUUAAAUUGGAAAUGAGUAUAUGUAUUUUAGUCAUAUGUUUAUAUAUUUUGAAUUUUUCAAGUGAUAAAAGUACUAUUGCUUUCUAAAAACACAUUUAAUUUAGAUUUCGCUUUUAUUUAGGUGUAAUAAAAGUCGUUAUUAUUAGGAUUCCAUUACCACAGGAUAAAUGGUUAUUGAUAAAAAAGUAAUCUUAUCUUGACAUUAUCGAAAAUGUAGUAAUAGAAAUGUUUAUAAUGUUGAUGCCUAAUGCUUGUUUAGUAUUAGUAACGAAGUAAGCGGAAAACUAAAAAAUGGCACGGAAUGAUCCAGAAAAUAUACCCAUGGAUGACGUUGGGUAUAUUGACUCAAGAAAGAGACAGAUAUUUGAACAGUGUGAUACUGACGGAGAUGGAUAUAUUACACUGGACGAAUUGGCAAAAUUUAUCUCCGACAAUGAAACGUCCUGUGCCUGCAUUAACCCUCGAGCUAUCAAAAAAAUUUACCAGAACGCUGAUAAAGAUAAAGAUCACAAGCUCAGUUUUCAAGAAUUUGUAGAUUUUGUUGAAAGUGAAGCUUUUCAAUCUUUAGUAAAUAGAUGUAUCACUACAUAUAUUCAUCAUCUAAUACCACAUCCCAAACAGGCAGUAAGCCUCCGUGCAGCUCGUAGUGGUGGCAGACGUGGUAGUCAAGGCGACCUUUGCGAUGAAUACUCAUGCUUUCCUCCACCUGUUUUUAUGUUACUUAUUUCCAUACUCGAAUUUGCUUUAUUCAUAACAGAUGAACUAACACAGGAAGGAUCUUCACUUACUGCAACCGGUGUUACCGGCCGAUAUCUUCUCUACGAUCCAGACAAGAAAAAAGAAGUAUGGAGGUUCGUGACGUACAUGUUUGUACAUAUUGGAUACAAUCAUAUAAUAACGAAUCUCGUUGUACAACUGGCACUUGGAAUACCACUAGAAAUGGUUAACAAAUGGUGGAGGGUUUUGCUCGUAUAUUUUUUGGGAGGAAUCGCCGGAAGCCUUGCACAUUCUAUAAUCGACGGGAACAUUCGUUUAGGAGGUGCCAGUGGAGGUGUAUAUGCACUUAUGACAGCACAUUUGGCCCAAGUGAUAAUGAAUUGGGACAGUUUACGAUUUGCAUCAGUACAACUUGUGGUUUUCGGACUAAUAAUAUCGAUCGAUUUGGGCACAGCGUCUUAUCAACGGUACUUCAAACAGGAAUUAAAUGGAAUUGGUGUUACGUGUCAUUUGGGCGGGGCUGUAGCAGGACUUUUAGUUGGAAUUUAUGUUUUAAGAAAUAUACACCAAACGACGUUUGAAAAGUACAUCUGGUGGGCGGCUUUAGUUGUUUAUAUACUUCUAAUGAUAGGGGCACUUAUUGCCACAAUACUGAUGUAGUUUGAGCCUUAUACAUAUAUUUGAUAUUUUAUAUUAUACAUCAUUUUAGUACAAAUCUUUGUUUUUUAUCCUGUUUAUAAAUAAUGUUACUGGGAAAUAUGAUUAAAACUAAAUUAUUUAUUUU